AUGGAUAAAAAAGUAUGUGGUGAGGAAGGAAGGCUUUGGGGUGGACGCUUUUCCACAGGACCGGCAGAAUGCUUGGAGUCUCUAAAUCGCUCUUUGAGUAUUGAUAAAAGACUCUACAAAGAAGAUAUUAAAGGAAGUAUUGCGUACGCAACUGCUUUAAAAAAGGCCAAUAUAAUAACACAGGAAGAAGAAACUAUUUUAAAAAAAGGAUUAAAUUUGACGCUACAAGAAUGGGAGAAUGGAAAAAUAUCGUUUUUGAAAUCAGAUGAAGAUGUUCAUACAGUGAACGAAAGGAGAGUAAAGGAAUUAAUCGGGUCAGAAAUUGGAGGAAAAUUGCACACAGGACGAAGCCGAAACGAUCAAGUUGUAACAGAUAUGAAAUUAUGGAUGUUGGAAAAUAUAUCAGAAUUACAAAAAACUAUUACAGUUUUUGUUCAGGAAGGAAGGCUUUGGGGUGGACGCUUUUCCACAGGACCGGCAGAAUGCUUGGAGUCUCUAAAUCGCUCUUUGAGUAUUGAUAAAACUUACAAAGAAGAUAUUAAAGGAAGUAUUGCGUACGCAACUGCUUUAAAAAAGGCUAAUAUAAUAACACAGGAAGAAGAAGCCAUUUUAAAAAAAGGAUUGAAUUUGACGCUACAAGAAUGGGAGAAUGGAAAAAUAUCGUUUUUGAAAUCAGAUGAAGAUGUUCAUACAGUGAACGAAAGGAGAGUAAAGGAAUUAAUCGGGUCAGAAAUUGGAGGAAAAUUGCACACAGGACGAAGCCGAAACGAUCAAGUUGUAACAGAUAUGAAAUUAUGGAUGUUGGAAAACAUAACAGAAUUACAAAAAACUAUUGCCGUUUUUGUCCAGGCACUCGAAAAAAAAUCUAUUGAAUGUAUAGAUGUACUCAUGCCAGGAUAUACUCAUUUGCAAAGAGGACAACCUGUUAGAUUUAGUCAUUGGCUUUUGAGCCAUGCUUGGCCGUUGGUGUCCGACCAUCAACGACUGCGAGAUUUGCGGAAGCGCGUGGCAAUGUGUCCGUUAGGAAGCGGCGCAUUGGCGGGAAAUCCUCUCAAAGUGGAUAGGAAAGCGCUGGCUGAAGAUCUUGGAUUUGACUCCGGCCCGACAAUGAAUAGCAUGCAUACCGUAUCCGAUCGAGACUUUGUUGCUGAAUUUCUGUUCGAUUGCUCUUUGUGUUCAUCUCAUUUGAGUCGACUGGCUGAGGACCUGAUAAUUUUCUGCAGCAAAGAAUUUCGUUUUAUAUCCUUGGAUGAUGGUUAUUCUACUGGGAGCAGUCUCAUGCCACAAAAAAGAAAUCCUGAUAGCGCAGAGUUGGUUCGUGGAAUGUCAGGCACAAUUUUCGGCCAGCUUUGUGGAUUUAUGAUGACUUUAAAAGGAUUACCGUCAACAUACAAUAAGGACUUACAAGGAGAUAAGUUGGCGAUGUUUUCAGCCUACGAUAGUUUAUGUGAUGUUUUGCAAGUGAUUACUGGAUGCAUUUGCACUAUGAAGAUAAACGCUGAUGUUUGCCGUGGUGCUCUAACGACGGAUAUGUUGGCUACUGAUUUGGCAUAUUAUCUAACUGGUCGCGGUGUAGCAUUUAGGGAAGCUCAUAAGUUAACGGGCGAGGCAGUGGCAAUGGCUGAAAAUCUCCAGAUUCCACUUCACCAAUUGAGCUUGUCAGAUUUACAACAAAUUAGUCCUGCUUUUGAUACAUCCGUAUAUAAAAUUUGGGAUUUUGAGCAUAGUGUGGACCAGUACUCAUCAAUCGGAGGAACUGCAAAGUCCGCUGUAUUGCAGCAGAUUCAAGAAUUACAUUCGUGGGCUGAAAAUACACAACAAAAAUGA